UGGCACAGGGCUGACACUCAUGAAACUGCAGUUGCCCCAUCCUGCGCUUCACAAUUUACAAAGCCGCACCUCAAAAGUCAGUUUUGGGCUCUGUCCUUUAGCUCCGCGUCGGUGCCAUUGACAACUGUGGAGAUCGGAGCAGGAUCGGAGCCGCUUGUGUAGGUGGUGACUGUUGCUUCUGACGCAGUUUUCAUCCUUCUGUAAGCUGCCACCAUGACCCUGACAAAAGGUUCCUUCACCUACUCUAGUGGGGAGGAAUAUCGUGGCGACUGGAAGGAGGGCCGCAGACAUGGUUUUGGUCAACUGAUGUUUGCAGAUGGUGGCACCUACCUGGGCCAUUUUGAGAAUGGGCUCUUUAAUGGCUUCGGGGUACUAACCUUCUCAGAUGGCUCGAGGUAUGAGGGGGAGUUUGCCCAGGGCAAGUUCAACGGCGUCGGGGUCUUCAUUCGACAUGACAACAUGACCUUUGAGGGGGAAUUUAAAAACGGCAGAGUGGAUGGUUUGGGCCUGCUGACUUUCCCUGAUGGUUCUCACGGAAUACCCCGCAACGAAGGUCUGUUCGAGAACAACAAGCUUUUGCGGCGCGAGAAGUGCUCGGCGGUGGUUCAGCGGGCCCAGAGCGCCUCCAAGUCAGCCCGGAGCCUCACCGCCUGACUCGGCGCUGCGCCCAGCUGACAGCAACGCCCCGCCACCCGCUGGGGGUGAACAAAAGAAGCCGAUGUGAGAGGAGAUGAGAAUGACCAUGGAGCAGAAGUCUUGGGAGAGGCCCCAUCACCUGCCAGGCAGGGCUGCGGUCACAGAAGGUCUGAGGCUCGGGCCGCUGGCCUUGCAGCAGUGGUACCCGGUGUGCCCUGCCCUUGUCUCGCUCGUUGGUACUCUCUGUCCCUAACACCGUGGGUCACCCGGUGCGGACCUGCUGCUGCCUUCUACUUCAUUUUCUGCCAAGUGAUACAGAGUCUCUUCCUUCUGCCCCUAUUCGGUGCAGAGGAUCCCAGCCCCAGAUUAGGGCCAGUGCUCUGUGCUGCCCUGGAGAAAUAAGGGAAACGAUAGGAGUGGCUCAGACAGUACAGCGGUCCUGAGAAAGUCAAGGCCAGAGCUUUUCUGUAUGUUACCCCUGCAUUCGCUUCUGGUUGACACCAUGGCCCCAGGCCUUCCACGUUGUCUGACCAGACUGGUCCUCGUGUCUGUUUAUUGCUCCUGUGAAGGGUUCAGUGAAUGCUAUUUCCCUCUCCCUUGACUUUACAAGCAGAUAAUUUGUGCUCCUCUCUCCUUCCUUAGACAUGGGAAAGGAUCCCUUUUGUCAGAAAGAAACCGAUAUAAACAGUCAUCUUAUAACUUGUAUUUAUAACUAACUCCAGGGCAAGGGCAGAUAUCUGUGGGUCCCAUCAGGCCCUGUCAUGGAGUGAACUAAAUCCUUAAGGAUGGCUUGGGCUGACACAGCUUCUUUCCAGUGGACCAGUAGGUCAGACCCACCUUAACCCCUUGGGGUUCAGGUAGAAUUGGACCCAUCUUGGGAUGGCAGUGAACUAAAAGAGCAUUUGGUUCACUGUAACUCUUCCAUCAUGAGCCUUGGCCAUCAGGCCUAGGGAUCAGAUCUUGAUCGACUGGAUCCCUGCACAGUUCAUCACAGAGGCCUCCAGUUACCCUGUGACCCAAACAUGCCCCCCCACAGCCCCUUAUCCUCACACUGAAUGUCUCCUCAACAGCAGAUUGUGGUGGAAAUUAGAGCCGUGUGCCUCUAUUUAUUCUCUGAAUUGUACUGUAGAAACAAGUGUUUAUGAGGAAUAAACAAAUCACCAGAACUGC